AUGGAGCUUUUUAGGGAAGUUAUGAACGAAGGCAAUUUGUAUGAUAUGGGAUGGAAGGGAGAGAAGUUUACAUGGAGCAACUCACAUGAGAAUGACACUUUCACAAAGGAAAGAUUAGACAAGACAGUGGUAAACCCUGAGUGGCUGAAUAUCUACAAAGAGGUAUGGGUGGAAAUUGUGGUGGUUAGUUCUUCAGAUCACAAGCCUCUUAUUGUACAUGUACUAAAUCAGACAAAUAGAAGUUGGGGAAGGCAGAAAGCUUUAAAUAUGAGGUGGAGUAAGAAGAGGAAACUAGGGGGAGAUAAAGAAAUAGAAGCUAAAACCAAGCUGCUACAAAGGCUGCAAACAGAAGAGAACAACAAUAAUACUGCAGAAAUAAGGAAAGUGAAAGAAGAUUUGAAUGUGUUAUUAGAGAUGGAAAAUCUCAAAUGGAAACAAAUAGCUAAAUGUAAUUGGUGUAAGUAUGAAGAUAGGAAUUCAAAAUACUUCUAUGCUUGUGCUAAUCAAAGAAGAAAAAAGAAUUGGAUUAGAGCUGUGGAAGAUGAGAGAUGCAAAAAGGUUGAGGGACAUAAGAACAUUGAAGCAACAUUUACAAGUUAUUCUGAGAAACUAUUUCAGUCUACUAAUCUCAAGAGUGAGGAUAUUAAGAAGUUCCUGGAGUGUAUCGAAAAAAAUGUCUCUUCUGAAAUGAAUGACACUCUGAUGAGGAGUUUCUCUAGAGUGGAGGUGGAGGAAACCUUGAGGCAAAUGGCCCUAUUAGGAGUUUCUCUAGACCAGAUGGAUUUGGUCCAUGUCUUUAUCAGAAUCACUGGGGGUAGUUGCUAA